UGCCGGCCCUGCCGUGCGCCGGGGGCCCCGCGGCACCCGCCCCCCGUGCCCGCCGCGCCAUGGAGCCCUAGGGGCCGCCGCCGCAGCCGCCAUGUUCGGCCGCUCCCGCAGCUGGGUGGGCGGCGGGCACGGGAAGGCCGCCCGCAGCAUCCACUCCUUGGACCACCUCAAGUACAUGUAUCAUGUUUUGACUAAAAAUACAACAGUAACAGAUCACAACCGCAACCUACUGGUAGAGACUAUUCGUUCCAUAACAGAGAUCCUUAUAUGGGGAGAUCAGAAUGACAGCUCAGUAUUCGACUUUUUCUUGGAGAAGAAUAUGUUUGUUUUCUUCUUGAACAUCUUGCGUCAAAAGUCUGGCCGUUAUGUGUGUGUACAGCUGCUGCAGACUCUGAACAUCCUUUUUGAGAACAUCAGUCAUGAAACAUCACUGUACUACUUGCUUUCUAAUAACUAUGUAAAUUCUAUUAUUGUUCACAAAUUUGACUUUUCUGAUGAAGAGAUCAUGGCAUAUUACAUAUCGUUUUUGAAAACUCUUUCCCUGAAGCUCAACAAUCAUACUGUACAUUUCUUUUACAAUGAGCACACUAAUGACUUCGCUUUGUACACAGAAGCUAUUAAAUUUUUUAACCACCCAGAAAGCAUGGUCAGGAUCGCUGUUAGGACUAUAACUUUAAAUGUCUACAAAGUGGACAACCAACCUAUGCUGCAUUACAUUAGAGAUAAAACUGCUGUCCCUUAUUUCUCCAACCUUGUUUGGUUUAUUGGAAGCCAUGUGAUAGAACUGGAUAACUGUGUGCAGACUGAUGAAGAGCACAGAAAUAGGGGCAAGUUGAGUGACCUGGUAGCAGAACAUCUUGAUCAUUUGCAUUACCUUAAUGAUAUCCUUAUAAUUAAUUGUGAAUUUUUAAAUGAUGUGCUGACAGACCACCUACUUAAUAGGCUCUUUCUACCCCUCUAUGUGUAUUCAUUAGUAAAUCAGGAUAAGGGUGGGGAGCGUCCAAAAAUAAGUCUCCAGGUUUCUCUCUAUCUUCUUUCUCAAGUUUUUCUAAUUAUACAUUAUGCCCCUUUGGUGAAUUCAUUGGCUGAGGUUAUUCUUAAUGGUGACCUGUCGGUGUUUUCUUCUAAAGUUGAGCAAGACAUUCAGAAAAACACAACAAAGUCAAGUAUCAGAUGUUUCAUAAAACCAACAGAAACGCUUGAGAGGUCUCUUGAAAUUAACAAACAGAAGGGGAAGAAGAGGGUGCAGAAAAGACCCAACUAUAAAAAUGUUGGUGAAGAAGAUGAAGAAGAGAGAGGAUCUGAAGAUACCCAGGAUGAUCUUGAUAAAACUAAAGGUACAGAAGCAAGUUCAAAGGGCAUCAGAACAAGCAGUGAAAAUGAAGAAAUAGAGAUGGUAAUCAUGGAGAGAUGUAAACUGUCAGAAUUGUCUAUCUCUGCUGUGACAGAACAGAAUACAACAGAUGAAGAAAAGAGUGCAGCUGCCUCUGGGAGUGACAUAACAAACUGGAACAGGCCUUUUCUUGAUAUGGUCUAUAAUGCACUGGACUGUGCUGAAGACGAUUACUAUGCCCUGUUUGUGCUCUGUCUUCUGUAUGCAAUGUCACACAACAAAGGAAUUGACCCAGUCAAGUUGGAGAGAAUUCAACUUCCUGCAAAACAUGCUGAAGAGAGAAAUUCGUAUAAUCAUGUACUUGCAGAAGGGCUCAUCAGGAUAAUGAAUUAUGCUGCGCAACCAGAUGGAAAAAUCCGUUUGGCAACUUUAGAACUUGGCUGUCUGUUGCUAAAGCAGCUUGUGUUUUCUAAAAAUGGCAGCAUCAUAAAAGACGUUCACCUUGCAUGCCUUGAGGGUGCAAGGGAAGAAAGUGUUCAUCUCCUUCGUCGUUUCUAUAAGGGAGAAGAAAUUUUUCUGGAUAUGUUUGAAGAUGAAUACCGGAGUAUGACGAUUAAACCCAUGAAUGUAGAGUACUUGAUGAUGGAUGCCUCCAUUUUGUUGCCUCCAACGGGGACACCACUGACUGGUAUUGAUUUUGUGAAAAGAUUGCCUUGUGGAGAUGUGGAAAGAACACGAAGAGCAAUUAGAGUUUUCUUUAUGCUCCGUUCAUUAUCACUGCACUUGCGAGACGAGCCAGAAACUCAGUUACCACUGACAAGGGAGGAAGAUCUGAUAAAGACAGAUGAUGUUCUUGACCUGAAUAACAGUGACCUAAUUGCUUGUACAGUCAUAACAAAGGAUGGAGGUCAAGUUCAAAGAUUCCUGGCUGUGGAUAUUUACCAGAUGAGCUUGGUUGAGCCAGAUGUUGCCAGACUUGGCUGGGGAGUAGUUAAGUUUGCAGGCCUUUUGCAGGAUAUGCAGGUGACAGGAGUGGAAGAUGAUAGUAGAGCUCUGAACAUAAUUAUUCAUAAACCUGCCUCAAGUCCUCAUUCUAAGCCAUUUCCUAUCCUUCAAGCAACCUUUAUUUUUUCUGAUCACAUUCGCUGCAUUAUUGCAAAACAACGUCUUGCAAAAGGUCGUAUCCAGGCUCGGCGUAUGAAAAUGCAGAGAAUAGCAGCUCUCCUGGAUCUUCCUGUUCAGCCUUCAACUGAAGUUAUGGGUUUUGGACACAGCUCUGCAGCUGCAUCCCAACACCUCCCAUUUAGAUUUUAUGAUCAGGCACGACGUGGUAGCAGUGAUCCUACAGUGCAACGCUCUGUUUUUGCAUCUGUUGACAAAGUUCCAGGCUUUGCUGUAGCCCAGUGCAUAAAUCAGCACAAUCCAUCACCACUCUCGUCACCAUCACCUUCCAGUGGCAGUGGGAGCACGGGGCGGUGUGAUUCAGUGACUGCAAGCUCAACUUCCACUCCUUCUGCUGCACAGAGCCCAUCAGGUCUGGCAGGAAAGGACGACGGCGGGUGUUUAGUCUGUCGGAGGCUGACAGUCACGGUGGACACUGGGUUUAGGUCUUCAAGCAGCAGCUGCAACCGAAACUCACGCAAUAUCAAAUCAGAUGACCCUUCAGCUCCAGAGCAGCCUCACAUGACCAUUCCUGGUCUGAUGAUGAUGUCUGACGAAACUCUUUCAGCUGUCUCAAAGUCUAGCAAGAAUGUUGUAAAAAACAGUGACAUAGAAACAGCAAACCUGUCCCCUAGCCUGAUUCCUGCACAGCAGCCCACGAUAUCGUUAAUAUCAGAUGAUAAUACAGAUGCACUAAGUGUAGAGUCACUUACACUGGUCCCACCGGUUGAUCCACACAGUAUUCGUACAUUCACCUGCAUUCCUCAGCUGCCUUUGCCAUCUGAAAUUGAAGUUGGAACGGUAAAAGAGACAGAGGAAGAGUGUUGUGACUAAAGGCAACCUGCAGACUGUGAUAAACAGUGAACCAAAUUCUUGUUUGGGAGCGCAGAUACUUCUUGAAGCAUCAGAGGCUAUGGUCUGCAAGAAGAGGCCCACUGGUGAAGCAUGUGGGCAACUUUUAGGACAAGCAUCAAAAGUUUGGCAUAUUUAAACUGGAGAAAAAAACUUCAAAUCUGGACUGCGUAUCUCCACGCCCAUUUCUGAUAUACAAGAACGUGAAUGUACUUCAGAUCACCUACUUUAUUAUAAAAAUAAAGCUCCAGCUGCAGUAACUAAAUUAAUUGUAAAAGGUCUACAGUAUUAUGGCAAAGUGAAGAAAAUUUUGGAUACCUGGUUCAGGAUGUUGUAUCGCUACUUCUUUGAAACUGGAGACAUACCCCCUGACAAGGAAAAAAAUAUAUAUACUAUAGUACAGACAUACCACUUCCAUUUGAUUCAUGAAUGUUUUUUUAAUCCUGAUCUCUUUCAGCUUUUGUAGGCCUGUAUGAUACCAGCAGGCUUGGCCCCUUUAAGUGUUGUAUUCAUAGGUCUCCAAACUUCAAUAUUGUGUUUUCCACGUGUAAUAUUUUUUCAAGGUUUGAUUCAAAGCAAGAUACAUCUCAAAGCUUUUUUUUUAAGGUAAAACUCUGAAAUUUAAUAUGACAGCUGCUUAUGCAGAUUAAUGUAAGGGAUUUUUGAGACUUUUUCAGUCUUUGCUUAACCAGCUACAGAGGGAUGGGAAAUAUUUUAAGAGAUUGCUAUAGCUUGUUUUUUCACUGCUGACAGUCAAAUUGCUACACCUCUGAGGAGUGAUAUCUUCUCUACUGAAGGACAACUAGAAGCAGACAGAAGCAGUUAUACUCUAAAGAGGCUUGUGUUGUUGUUGGUUUUUUUUGUUGGCAGGCGGGUUUUUUCAUAUUCCUGUAGGAAGUAGGUCCCCACAUCUAACCAGUCAUUCCUUUGCAAGUCUGAAAAUGAAAAGGAAAUUUUUUUCCCGUCUGGGAGAUUAUCCCUGUUAAAUGAAGUUACAACAUAAAAGUGAUUCUGAGUUUAUACUUGCCUUACCAAAUUUGCCUCCUAGAUCCUGAUUCUGAGUUGACAGUAAGUAGAAGAAAAUUGUGGAGUGAAGUUUGGAGUGCUCUGCUGACUUUUUAUGGAAUUUAAAGUGAAUGGAGUUCAAGCUUUCUGAUCAAUUUCUGUGUGUGUUCAUUUAAGCUAGCAGUAAGAUGAGCAGUGUUUCAUUAUUGGUCUGCACAUAACAUUGAAUGCUCUCUGGCUCUCAGAGAUUGAAGUCUGCUAUUUACUUUACUUUGGAUUUCAGUCAUCAGUGCAAUCUUUUUCCUGGUUGUCUUUGCGAAUAUUGAUUUCAUAUCAAAUAGGUGAAUCUGAAUUUUUUUACCUACUUUUCAGUCCUACCGUAUUUCUUCCUUGCUGUCAGAUGGAAUACUUGAAUUGAUUUUAAAUAUUGCAUUUAUAUGAGAUUGAAUAAUCCACAGGUAUCACUUUGCUUGUUUUUCCCUCUUUUCCUUUGUGUAAUGAUUUAAUCUUUGUAAAACAUGGAUAUAGCAUGGCUGCUAUUGAAAGCCAGCAUUUUUUCUUCCGUUAUCAGCUUUUGCAUGCAGCUUUGUUCAUUUCUGGUUUUCUGUGGCUUCUGCUUCAUCUCAAUUGAAUUAACCACUAUUCUGACCAUUCCAGAAUGGCUCAAACUAUAAAAUGAAAUCUGAGAGCUAGGUGUCUUUAGCACUGUUAAGGGUGUGGGAUGAGAAUUCGGCCUUGCUGGAUUAAGAGGCCACUAUUAAUUUUUUUCAUGUGCUUGGGGUAAGUUUUCACUGGAGUCACUGUUGUGGCUAAUGUACACAUACCUGAACAAGCUGAGACAUCAGUAGCAAUUUGGGCAGAAGGACCACAUAAAUAUGUUUUACUAGCUUAACUUAUUGCAGUCUAGACUUUCUCUAGCAUGUUGCUGCAGUGCUGCGUAGCCACAGUAAUAGUCUAAAGAUCAUUAUAAAAAAUGAUUCCUUGCUUAAUUUGAAAGCAUUUUAUGUUAGUUGUUAACCUUAACUCUUCACCUAGAUUACAGAAAAUGCCACUGUGCAGGCCGAGUUCCCUUAAAUAGAAUUAAUUUUAGACAGAAAAGCCUUGAUCUAUCUUUAUCUAAUGUAAAAUUCAGUUCUAGCAAAAUUAGGAGUGUGCACAAAGCGGCUUUUUAACGGGCAUGCAUAAUCUCACCCUUGAGCCGUGCUGCACAAGAAAGGGGAUGUAGGGAAAGAAAGCCGACUGUUUUUCAUUGCCUUGGAGUGGCUUUUAAGUCCCAUGACUGGUUGUCUACAAAGAGCUUCACAGGAAGCAACUGAGAUGCUGUUAGUAGGAAAAUAUUAAGGCAUAUGUGUAUUAUACAAUUUAUAUUCUCCAUGCUGCAUUAGGAGACUUAAUAAUGUAAAAGUUCGGGAGUUGCUGAAAUAUGUCAUCUGACAAUCUUAUCUCUGCAAGUAUGGUGUUAGUGAUCUACAAUUCCUCGAAGAGUAUCAUAUCUGUCUGUCUCUUAUCAGAAAAACUCGAGGGCUGUUUCCUUAUCCCCCUUUCACUGUAAAAAGGAAACUCAACCAACAAAGCAUUAGCACAUCAGCCACAAAUACGAUUUCUUUUCUAAACAAAAGUCAAUUUGAGUCAGUGUAGCAUCCUUCUUGUUAACCAAACCCAAAUACCAAGUUGCAGCUGAGAACAGCAGCUAAAUGACCAUUCAGAAGGCUCACUAAUUCAGUGCAAUGCUGCAGAGAGAAGGGAGGGAAACGAGAAUCGCUCUGAAAUAAAUUCACUAAUGGUCCAGAGCAAAAUGCUGGAGUUCUGUGCGAUGAAUUUGCAGUGUGUUUGUAGAGGCUAUGCCUUACCUUCAGCCAUACUCUAUUGCAUAAAACAGUUCUGUUAUUCCCUUCUUUUGAGGAGAUGCACCAAAUACACCAGGGCGUACUGAAUGUUACUUUAUUAUUUUGUGCUCUGUCUCAUUUUAUUAAAUUUUACCAAGAUACUACUCGUUUAACAGAGCUAUGUGUUGCUGUCACUGUCAGGUGUCUGCCUCUUGCAGGUCCCCUUUCUGUUUAUCAUCCCGUGGACUGCACUGGAUGAGACUCGAGCUUUUUCCUUGCGAAGGGCGCAGGGGCUGUCUGUUUGGCAAUCUGGUAAAGAGUGGAAAGGAAGCAUUAGUGGCCAGCUCUAACAUCCGCCUUGCUAGUGAGUAAUGUUUGCUGUGCAAAACUUGUGUGCAAGAAUUGGCUUUUGCAGAAAUCCUUUUGUACAGGAAGAAACCAAACAUUUAUCUUCCUGCACUAUUUUUUAUGAGCUAUGUGGAUUAAGAAAUUCACUAGAAAUGUGGUCAUAUGUAUACUAAUACUGGAGACUGUUUCAUGUGAACUCGUGAAUUAUACUGUAAAGACUGACCUCGUUUGUACCCUUUGCAGCUAAUUCAUGAUAAACUAAAGGUCUGAAUUCUGUUCCUUAAAUUAAGCUGGGCUUAAAAUAUAAAAUUACACCUGUUAAAGCGAAACCUCAGUGUUCUUUGCUUUACAACACAGCUGGAAUUUUCCUUGAAGUCACUUGAAGAAAAAAUGUUAAUGUCUUCCAGAAUUGAUUUGCUGUCUUGAAAUGCUCUUGCUAAAGUACAGGCACGUGGCAUUUAAAGACUUUUAUCGCUUCUCCAGAAUUUAAAACUCAAAGCUCAUCACUAUUCAGAGUUUAAGUCAAUGUCCUACAAAUUUAGGUCAGUCAUACAAGCUCUUUGCCCCCAUAGCAACAGAAUACAGGGGGAAAUAAUGUUUUCUUCUGGGGAUUUGAAGUAUUCUUGUUGGCAAAAUUUUAAAAUUGAUGGUUAAAGUAGUUUACAGCGAAAUCAACAAUCCUUAGGAUUGAAGUUACUGAGAAUUUUUUCUUACUUUGCAGUAAGAUGCCAGUAGCUAGAAUUGCCACGCGUGCAGCAAGAGGCCAUGGCUGGUUACCAUAACUGAGCUAGGAGUUCAAAAACUGCCUGGCAACUCAGUGUCAUCCUACUGGUAGGAAAUGGACUUACUUUUCCUCGUGAAGUAAACGAAAUGUAAAACUGUAUGCUUGAAGACAUGGGUAAGCUAUCAGCCAACCAGGUCAAACUGUGUAAGUGUGAAGCCACUCCAUGGCACGUAGCGCUUCAGUCACAGGGUGUCUGUGCUCGUGUAAUCUGUCGCUCUUUUCUGCACAGGUGUUACAGGUAAACGCACCAUAGCCUAAUGAAUAGUUUUGCUGAUGUGUAUGUCCUACUCUUCCAAGAAAAAAAUCUUGCUAAGUAUUCAUACGUUGUCUUCACUAAGCAGCUGAAGUUAAAUGGGGAGUCGCUUUUAGAACAGCAUUGCACAGGCAGCUGUCAGCUAGGAAAUUUAGUCUUUUGGUCCUACGGAUGAAUCAGAGAUUUGGGAAGAGACAGCCAAUCAGGGCAUCAAUGGGAUUUGGGCGUUUUGCCUCAAAAGUGGUUAAGUCUCCUUACUAAGUUUCCUACUCAUUUUCAGACAACCAAAUCGUAGGUAUUUAAAUGUGUUUUGGAAGUUCAGAGCUCUUCAGAGCUCUUCUUGAAAGAGCCUUUGGGUACGUCACUGUUUACCUAUCUCUGGCUUGCUUUGGGGUGUCGUUCACCUGGCCACUGCACUUUGAGGGGUUUUCCUGCGCUCACCUGCUCUGCUCUGUUGUUUCCCAGUGUUUGUUUGCAGCAUGAAUCCCAAACGUGUACCAACCCUCACUGUCUCCUGCAAAGCAGAUGGUGAUCCGGGCAGGGCGUGCUGGGUGGGGGCAUGCAGGAGGUGAGCAGGGGGAAAUGCUCGGGGGGGUUCUGCUGUUCAGGGUUAUUUGAGCAGCAAGAGGUAUGGGAGAUGCAGGUCUGGACUGAGUCUCAAACAGAAGGUUCUUUCAUACGGAAAAAUAUUUUUAUAUUACAUUUGUACAGAAUUUUCCCUAUUUUGAUCUCUCCAGAUUUUUAAGGAUCUGCACAUUGCUUAAACUUGAUUUGUUUUGCAAGAUGAUUUAAAACGUAUUUUAGGUUUGCUAAUGUAUUUAAAAAUGUAAAGCUAAGUUUUGCAUGUCUAAUAAAUGUGCACUGUGGCGGUAUCUGUUUAUUGUUUUGCUAACUAGAAUUUAUUAAUUCUUAAUGAAUAUGAAAAACUUGUCAUUGUUGUGACUGUCUCAGCCUCAAUGAAUGUGUGGAGUGUGUUUUUUUAAAAAGGUAACUAAAAAGGGCUUAAGAAGCAAGCAACUAAGAAUCCUUGUUGAUGACACAAAGUUCAGGCUAGUACAUAGUGUUCCCAGGAUUCUUCUAAAAGCAUAAGAUACAUAAGACUUUUUUCAUCUUUUUUUCUGUUACUUUGGUUAUGGGUACCCACACUAAUGUAAAGCGAGCUUAAGACACGAUAAUGGCCAUCUGAUACUUAAGUCUCUAUGAGAUGAGAGUCUGAGUUUUUGUGUAUUUAAGACUAACCGUGGCAGGAAUAGUUACAAUAAACAUGAAGCUAAUUUUGAAAAGGAUUGAGAAUAGCUUCAAGCUUGCCAAUUCCUUAGAAUUUCUAGGAGCUUUGGUUUGCCCAGUGAUAGCACCAAGAAUAGACGCAACAACUCCAGGGGACCUGCUGGAAGCAUUUUAAGCUUUAACUUCAAGCAUCUCCAUUUGUGAAUGUAUGUUGAUACUUUGUUGCAAACUUUUUACUUCAUUUUGAGCUGGUUUGCUGGUUUUGAUUAUUUUAAGUGCAAAGGGAAAUGUAUUUUUCUAGAAUAAAUGCAUCUGGGCUUUGAAUACUACGUAAAGCAUUUAAUGAAUAUGAAGGUCUUUCCUCUUAUGAAAUAUAUUUCAAAAAUGUCUGAAAUGUAUUUCAUUAAAAAAAAAAGUCCUGAAUGUGCACCUACAUUUAAAAGGAAAAAAGCCCAAACAUGGGGUGAAUUGAAUUCUGAAAUGUCUUUUCUACAGGCAAUAAGUAUUAAUUAUUUAACGUAAGUUAUGUUAGAAAUCUGGAGUAAAUGUGACAAUAUAUUAUGUUAAUUUAAAGAAAAAUGUAAAUAAGUGGGAAGGGAGUGAAAUUAGAAAGCACUGUUGUAUGUCUCUGAAAUCCAGAUUUAUAUAGCUGAGUUUGUAUUUGUUGGCGUUAAUCAUAUGUCAUGGCUAUGGAAAACCUGGGCAAGAAUGAACAAUAAACCUUUCUUUGUAAAUGGAACUUGGCAAUAAAAAUGGUGUUACUGAGAA